UCACCCAGACGGUGGCGAUUCAACGGGACUACUUAGAAGAAAACUUUCUAGGAUUUUCAUCUGAGAGGAAAAGAAAUCAAACGGAGCCGGGAUCAGGGCAGGUAGGGGACCUGGACGUGCAUCCACACCCACGAAGGAUGCUCUGAACUGAGAAACAUCUGCUGAAGAGUCCCCCCUAAACGUAGCUAUGGCCUCAGCAACGUCCAGCCCGGGACCUGCGUCUCUGGGCUCACAGGUUCAUGCUGCAGCUGUCAACGGAGACCGGAGCGCCCUCCUCAAACUCAUCACAGCAGAGCCGUCACUGCGGGACCGUGAGGACCAGUUUGGCCGGACCCCUUUGAUGUACUGUGUGCUGGCCGACCGCCUGGAUUGCGCAGAGAUUCUGUUGAAGGCCGGCGCAUCGGUCAACAAGACGGACCAUAGCCAGCGGACCGCUCUGCACCUUGCCGCACAGAAGGGUAAUGGGCGCUUCCUGAAGCUGCUGCUGUCCCGGCGUGCUAACUGGCUACAGAAAGAUUUAGAGGAGAUGACCCCGCUACACCUGGCCACCCGACACCCCUCCCCGAAAGCCCUCGCCCUGCUGCUCAAACACAUCGGACCUGGAGAGGUUGACACACAAGACAAGAACAAGCAAACUGCCCUCCACUGGUCAGCGUUUUAUAACCGACCUGAGCACGUCCGCCUCCUGAUCAAGCACGACUCCAACAUUGGCAUCCCAGACAGCGAGGGCAAGAUCCCUUUGCACUGGGCAGCGCACAGUCAGGAGCCCAGCGCCACACAAACUGUCCGCUGUAUACUGGAAGCGGCUCCGACUGAGUCCCUGUUAAACUGGCAGGACUACGAGGGGCGGACACCACUGCACUUUGCUGUCGCCGACGGUAACGAGGCAGUAGUAGAGGUGCUGACGUCUUACGAGGGCUGUAAUGUGACAGCUUAUGAUAACCUCUUCAGGACGCCGCUGCACUGGGCCGCUCUGCUCGGUCAUGCCAGAAUCGUCCACCUGCUGUUGGAGAGAAACACAUCAGGCACUAUUCCCUCUGACAGCCAGGGAGCAACGCCGCUGCACUACGGUGCUCAGAGCAACAACGCUGAGACAGUGGGUGUGUUUCUGUCCCACCCCUCUGUGAAGGAUGAACCUGAUCUGGAGGGGAGGACAGCAUUUAUGUGGGCCGCCGGAAAGGGCAGUGAUGAUGUCAUCCGCACCAUGCUGGCCCUCACUCCUCACAUUGACAUCAACAUGGCCGACAAGUACGGAGGCACCGCUCUCCAUGCGGCCUCGCUGUCAGGCCAUGUGAGCACAGUGAAGCUGCUGUUGGAGAGGGGAGCGAUGGUCGACUCUCUGGAUGUGAUGAAACACACGCCGCUGUUUCGGGCUUGUGAGAUGGGACACAGAGAUGUCAUACUCACACUCAUCAAAGGUUCUGCACGUGUGGACCUGGUAGACGUGGAUGGUCACACCGCUCUGCACUGGGCAGCUCUGGGAGGAAAUGCCGAGGUCUGCCAGAUAUUGAUGGAGAAUGGGAUUAGUCCGAAUGUGCAGGAUCAGGCAGGACGGACUCCUCUGCAGUGUGCUGCUUAUGGCGGCUACAUCACCUGCAUGGCUGUUCUCAUGGAGAACAACGCCGAUCCAAACAUUCAGGACAAGGAGGGGCGGACUGCACUCCACUGGUCAUGCAACAACGGCUACCUGGAUGCUGUAAAAUUGCUGCUGGGCUACAACGCCUUUCCCAAUCACAUGGAGCACACUGAGGAGAGGUACACCCCUCUGGACUACGCCCUGCUGGGGGGGCACAGCGAGGUGACUCAGUUCAUGCUGGAGCAUGGCGCUCUGUCUAUAGCAGCCAUCCAGGAUAUCGCCGCCGCCUCCAUUCAGGCUGUCUACAAGGGCUACACCGUCCGCAAGGCCUUCAGGGAGAGAAAGCAGCUCCUUAUGAGGCACGAACAGCUGCGCAAGGAUGCAGCCAAGAAACGAGAAGAGGAACAGCGGAGGAGAGAGGCAGUGCAGAGAGUCUCUGUGGUCACUGCAGAGAAACGGAGGCUCCCUUCAGUGAGAACAGAGCAGGAAAAGCUCUCCCUGGUGAACAUUAUAGAAGACCUAACUAUAAAUGACUCAGGCGUGGAAACAAAGAAAUUAUCCAAAGCUGAACGCACAAAGAGCAAAGAGGAGAGACUCAAAGGUACACAAGCAGAAAUUCUUAAAGUUGCUCUGAUGGAACGUGCAGUUUGA